CGGUGCCUUGACACUCGCGAAGAAUUGACGUGUAUUUCUUUCAACCGUUGUUUCGCCGAUGACUCUCUCAAAGUUGUAAAAAUUGCAGAACAAAGCCGGUGUUUCGUUAGCUCAUAACUCAUAAGUUAAAGUAGCGUUAAAUUAGUGAAAAUGUUUCAUACAUUAUACUUGGGGGUAUUGCUAUGCGCGGCGGGGUCUCAGGCCCUGUACGACUCGUCCUCUGACGUGGUGGAGCUAACGCCCAGUAAUUUCGACCGUCUAGUCACAAAUUCCGAAGAAGUAUGGAUCGUAGAGUUUUACGCCCCGUGGUGCGGACAUUGUAAAAACCUCGUACCCGAAUAUAAGAAAGCUGCUAAAGCACUAAAGGGCAUUAUAAAAGUGGGUGCAGUAGAUGCUGACCAGCACAAGAGCUUAUCAAGCAAAUAUGGAGUCACUGGUUUCCCCACAAUCAAGAUCUUCACCGGCUCCAAGCACACUCCGUACCAGGGCCAGAGGACCGCUGAUGCAUUUGUUGAUGCGGGUAUCAAGGCAGCUAAGGAACGAGCAUAUGACAAUUUGGGCAAGAAGUCGGGAGGCUCCGGAGAUAAGUCGGACGUGAUCACGCUCACAGACAGCAAUUUCAAGGAGCUGGUGCUGGACAGCGAGGACCUGUGGCUGGUGGAGUUCUACGCGCCCUGGUGCGGCCACUGCAAGAACCUGGAACCACACUGGGCUAAGGCGGCCACUGAGCUCAAGGGCAAGGUGAAACUCGGCGCGCUCGACGCCACCGUGCACCAGGCCAUGGCGAGCCGCUACCAAGUCCAGGGCUACCCCACCAUCAAAAUGUUCCCCUCGGGCAAGAAGACCAGCGACUCCGCGGAGGACUACAACGGCGGCCGCACCAGCAGCGACAUCGUCACCUGGGCUCUUGAGAAGUUAGCUGAGAAUGUUCCUGCCCCUGAAGUACUACAGAUCGUGUCCUCGGAAACAAUGAAGGCAUGCUCGGAGAAGCCGCUGUGCGUGGUGUCGGUGUUGCCGCACAUCCUCGACUGCAACGCGGCGUGCCGCAACGAGUACUUGGCCAUUCUCAAGAAACUGGGCGACAAAUAUAAGAGCAAGAUGUGGGGCUGGGUGUGGUCAGAGGCCGGUGCACAGACCGCUCUUGAAGAAGCGCUGGAGCUGGGCGGCUUCGGUUACCCCGCCAUGGCGGUCGUCAACGCCAAGAAACUCAAGUUCUCCACCCUCAGAGGAUCCUUCUCCGAGACCGGCAUCAACGAAUUCCUCAGAGACCUGUCAUUCGGCCGCGGCCAGACUGCGCCCGUGCGCGGCGCCGAGAUGCCCGACGUCGCGGCCGGCGAGCCCUGGGACGGCAAGGACGGCGAGCUGCCCCAAGAGGAGGACAUUGACCUCUCCGACGUCGACCUCGAGAAGGACGAGCUAUAGACGUAGCCAGUGCGAGGACUGUCAGUGCGCUCAUUUGGGAAAUAAGGUUCUAACCUUAAAAUUAUUUCAAAAAGAAAGUUUUUUUCGUGAGAGAUUAGAAUUUAAAGAAAGGGAGAUGAAUGUGCAUUACGAGUUGUGUUGUGUCGAUCUUUUUCAUAAGUCAUUAAAGAAAUAACUUUGUAACUUCUCUAAUGAAAUUUACAACACACGAAAACAAAUAGAUACUAAU